CGCUCUAGGCCGCCUCGGCUCUGCGGCGGGAGCCAAGCGGCCGGCGGCGGUCCAGGCGCGGCUUUGCCGAGCUGGUGGUGGCCGUGCAGUGCGCCGGGUCUCCGGGAGAUGGCUCGGCCCCUCUCGUCCGCCGCUCCCGCUAUUGUCUCACCCGGGGUGGCCUGAUUGCAAGAUCGCGCACACCUUGGGCCAGGAGGACCCCCGCUCCAGCUGGCCAUCACCCUCCCCCAAAUCCCCGGGAAGCCCAAGGGCCGGCGCUGGCCGCGUGGAGCCCGCACUGGGCAGCGGCCCAGAAGGAGGGUGUGCGCGGCCGGGCUGAGCCCGAGACGAGCUGCGGACCUGCCUGCUCACGAGCCCGCGAGUCCACGUCGGGUCCGGCGGAGAAUCCGCAGCCAACACAGGCAACCAGACACCAUGCCCCCCACCUAUAGACCUGCUAUUGGCAAUAAAUAAAGGAUAUUUGGUCUCCAUAGUUCGUUACCAUGUCUUCCACUCAGGGCAGUGGGGAGCACUGGGACUCCCUGGAGUCGGUGGGACUCAGUCGCAAAGAGUUGGCCAUGGCCGAAGCACUGCAGAUGGAGUAUGAUGCUCUGUCCCGGCUGCGGCAUGACAAGGAAGAGAGCAGAGCCAAGCAAAACGCAGACCCAGCGCUCAUCAGCUGGGACGAACCUGCCCUGGGCUUCUACAGCAAACCAGCCACCAGGCGCACUGACCUCAAGCUCUUCCGAGGUCUGUCAGGCUCCGAUCCCACCCUCAACCUCAACUACAACUCACUGUCCCCACAGGAAGGGCCGCCCAGGUCUCCCUCCCAAGGCUCCCAACCUGGCCCUGACCCCUGGCCCAAAGGAUCACUGGCCAGAGACUAUCUCUACAUCUUUGAUGACUGUGAUGGGGGCCUCUCUCUGUCCCCAGGAAUAGGAAAUGUUGUCGACUCUUCUAAAAAACUGUCUCCGCCUCCUUUGCCUCCUCGUGUCUCCAUCUGGGACACCCCUCCCCUGCCUCCCAGGAAGGGGUCCCCCUCCUCCAAGACCUCCCAGCCCAAUGACAUCAACAGUUUUUCAUCAACAGAACAACCUUCUGGCAAGUUGCUAGGGCAUGAGAUCCUCGAAGAAGAAGAGGUGCCCAGAGGUGGGUGCCCAGGUCGCAUCCUGGGAUCUGUGGACUACGAUGGCAUCAACAAUGCCAUCACUCGUCUCAACCUGAAGUCCACCUAUGAUACAGAGUUGCUACGUGAUGCCAGCCGUGGCUGGAAGGACUUCGGCAAGGACACUCCUGGGAAACCCGUGGCCCGGAGCAAAACCAUGCCCCCGCAGGUGCCCCCCCGCACCUACCCCUCACGCUGUGCCAACCGGAAAAAUGCCACAUCAGGCAAGAACCACCGGAUUUCUGCUGCUACGGUGGGCUCGCGGCCUCAUGCCAUCUCCAAUGGCCAUGAAUUGUUUGAGGUCUCAGAGGAGAGAGAUGAGGAAGUUGCUGCAUUUUGCCACAUGCUUGAUGUUUUGCGCUCUGGCUCGGAUAUCCGGGACUAUGCCCUCACUGGCUACGUCUGGAGUGCUGUCACACCAAGCCCUGAGCACCUGGGGGAUGAGGUCAACCUGAAGGUGACCGUCUUGUGUGACAGCUUGCGGGAACCUCUCACAUUCACCUGCAACUGUUCCUCCACAGUGGACCUGCUCAUCUACCAGACCCUAUGCUAUACGCACGAUGAGCUGCGCGGCGUGGAUGUGGCUGACUUUGUGUUGAAGCCGUGCGGGCUGGAGGAGUUCCUGCAGAACAAGCAUGCUCUUGGCAGCCAUGAGUACAUCCAGCACUGCCGCAAGUUCGACAAUGACAUCCGGCUCCAGCUGAUGAUGCGCCAAGCUGUCCGCAGUGACCUGGCACGCACGGCAAAUGAUGACCAGGGUCCUUCUACCUUGAACCACAACAUCCAUCUGCAGGAGAGGCCAGUCAAACAGACCAUCAGCAGGCAGGCCUUGAGCCUUUUGUUCGACACUUACCACAAUGAGGUGGAUGCUUUCCUGCUGGCAGAUGGGGACUUCCCACUGAAGGCGGACCGGGUGGUCCAGUCCGUCAAAGCCAUCUGCAAUGCCCUUGCUGCUGUGGAAACGCCUGACAUCACCAAUGCUCUCAACCAGCUGCCACCCUGUCCCUCACGCAUGCAGCCAAAAAUCCAGAAGGAUCCCACGGUCUUGGCUGUAAGGGAAAAUCGAGAGAAGGUCGUAGAGGGCCUCACUGCUGCCAUCUUGGACCUGGUGGAGCUUUACUGCAGCACCUUCGAUGCAGACUUCCAGACAGUUGCACACGGGAGCCGCGAGCACCAAAUGGUGCAGGAGGCCUGCCACUUCUCUGGAGUGCUGUCCUUCACCGUCUAUGCCACUCACCGCAUCCCCAUCACCUGGGUGACCAGCUAUGAAGAUUUCUACCUCUCCUGCUCUCUUAGCCAUGGCGGCAAGGAGUUGUGCAGUCCCCAACAAACCCAGAAGACCCAUUUCUCCAAGUACCUCUUCCACCUCAUCAUCUGGGACCAACAGCUCUGCUUCCCAGUGCAGGUGAACCAGCUACCCCGUGAGACGCUGCUCUGUGCCACCCUCUACGCCCUGCCUGUGCCCCCGCCCGGGAGCUCCUCAGAGGCCAUCAAGCAGCGGCGGGUCCCCGAGGUCCUGGGCUGGGUCACCACCCCGCUCUUCAACUUUAGACAAGUCCUGACCUGUGGCCGGAAGCUUCUGGGCUUAUGGCCAGCAACCCAGGAGAACCCCAGUGCCCGCUGGACUGCACCCAACUUCCACCAGCCAGACAGCGUGAUCCUGCAGAUCGACUUUCCCACCUCAGCCUUCGAUGUGAAGUUCACCAGCCCCUCCAAGGACAGUUUCAGCCCCUGCUAUGAGUUCCGCAGCCUGCGGGAGGAGGACCAACGCAAGCUUAAGAGCAUCAUGCAGAAAGAAUCCCUGUACUGGCUCACGGACGCUGACAAGAAGCGCCUGUGGGAGAAGCGCUAUUACUGCCACGCGGAGGUGAGCUCGCUGCCGCUAGUGCUCGCCAGCGCCCCAAGUUGGGAGUGGGCGUGUUUGCCGGAGAUCUACGCCCUCCUGAAGCAGUGGGCCCACAUGAACCAUCAGGACGCCUUAGGGCUGCUGCAUGCCACCUUCCCGGACCAAGAGGUGCGACGCAUGGCUGUGCAGUGGAUCGGCUCGCUCUCAGACGCUGAGCUGCUCGACUACCUGCCCCAGCUUGUACAGGCCUUGAAGUACGAGUGCUACCUGGACAGCCCAUUGGUGCGCUUCCUCCUCAAACGAGCCAUCUCUGACCUGCGGGUCACGCACUAUUUCUUCUGGCUGCUGAAAGACGGUAUCAAGGACUCGCAGUUCAGCAUCCGCUACCAGUACCUGCUGGCGGCCCUGCUGUGCUGUUGUGGCAAAGGGCUGCGGGAGGAAUUUAACCGCCAAAGCUGGCUGGUCAACACCCUGGCCAAGCUGGCCCAGCAGGUCCGGGAGGCCUCCCCAUCAGCACGGCCGAGCAUCCUCCGCAAGGGUCUGGAUGAAGUGAAGCAGUUCUUUGUCCUCAAUGGCUCCUGUCGCCUGCCACUCAGCCCCAGCCUGCUGGUGAAGGGCAUUGUGCCCAGGGACUGCUCCUACUUCAAUUCCAAUGCUGCCCCCCUCAAGCUUGCCUUCCAGAAUGUGGACCCGCUAGGUGAGCAUGUCCGAGUCAUCUUCAAGUGUGGGGACGACCUUCGCCAGGACAUGCUGACCCUGCAGAUGAUUCGCAUCAUGAGCAAGAUCUGGGUGCAGGAGGGGUUGGACAUGCGCAUGGUCAUCUUCCGCUGCUUCUCCACUGGCAGGGGGCGAGGCAUGGUAGAGAUGAUCCCUAAUGCUGAGACCCUGCGCAAGAUCCAGGUGGAGCAUGGCGUGACUGGCUCCUUCAAGGACCGGCCCCUGGCAGACUGGCUGCAGAAACAUAACCAUGGGGAAGAUGAGUAUGAGAAGGCUGUGGAGAACUUCAUCUAUUCCUGUGCUGGCUGCUGUGUGGCUACAUAUGUCCUUGGCAUUUGUGACCGACACAAUGACAACAUCAUGCUAAAGACAACUGGCCAUAUGUUCCACAUAGAUUUCGGCCGCUUCCUAGGCCAUGCCCAGAUGUUUGGCAAUAUCAAGCGGGACCGUGCCCCCUUUGUCUUCACCUCGGACAUGGCGUACGUCAUCAAUGGGGGUGAUAAGCCUUCCAGCCGCUUCCAUGACUUUGUUGACCUUUGCUGCCAAGCCUACAACCUCAUUCGGAAGCACACUCACCUGUUCCUCAAUCUUCUGGGCUUGAUGCUGUCCUGUGGGAUCCCUGAGCUUUCUGAUCUGGAUGACCUCAAGUACGUGUAUGAUGCCCUGAGGCCUCAGGACACGGAGGCAAAUGCUACCACCUUCUUCACUAGGUUGAUUGAGUCCAGCCUGGGCAGUGUGGCCACAAAGCUCAAUUUUUUCAUCCACAACCUGGCCCAGAUGAAGUUCACAGGCUCUGAUGACCGGCUGACCCUUUCUUUUGCCCCUCGGACACACACCCUUAAGAGCUCGGGUCGCCUCACUGACGUUUUUCUCUGCCGCCAUGAGAAGAUCUUCCACCCCAACAAGUGCUAUAUUUAUGUGGUGAAAGUGAUGCGGGAGAAUGCUCACGAGGCCACGUACAUCCAGCGCACAUUUGAGGAGUUCCAGGAAUUACACAACAAGCUGCGGUUGCUCUUUCCUUCUAACCUCUUGCCCAGCUUUCCCAGUCGUUUUGUGAUUGGACGCUCCCGAGGAGAAGCAAUGGCCGAGCGGAGGAGGGAGGAGUUAAAUGGCUACAUCUGGCACUUGAUCCAUGCAGCCCCAGAGGUGGCUGAGUGUGACCUGGUGUACACUUUCUUCCAUUCCUUGCCCCGUGAUGACAAGGCCGCAGGCACUAGCCCUGCUCCCAAGCCCUCAGAUGGCACCUGUGCCCGUCCUGUUGGGAAAGUGGGAGGGGAGGUGAAGCUGUCUAUCUCCUACAAAAACAACAAGCUCUUUAUCAUGGUGAUGUACAUUAGAGACUUGCAACCGCUCCAGGAUGGGAAUGACCCUGACCCCUAUGUGAAGAUUUACCUCCUCCCUGACCCUCAAAAAACCACUAAGAAGAAAACUAAAGUGGCUCGGAAGACCUGCAAUCCCACCUACAAUGAAAUGCUGGUGUACGAUGGGAUCCCCAAGGGAGACCUGCAGCAGCGGGAGCUCCAGCUGAGCGUGCUGAGUGAGCAGGGCUUCUGGGAGAAUGUGCUCUUGGGCGAGGUGCACAUCCGUCUACGGGAGCUCGACCUGGCCCAGGAGAAGAUAGGCUGGUUCGAGCUGGGGUCUCGGAGUCACGAGAUCCUGUGAGCCCCACAGAACCCUGGCCUGGGUGCCCAGGCCAGUGGUGGAGCUGGGGGAAUGGCUAUCCCCCCCCAGGGCUAUGCUGCCCCGGAGAAGGGCCGAGCCCUGCUAUGGGGUUGGCCUCGGUGCCUCAGUGUGGGGCGUGGGGGGCCGCUGUCGCCACCACCACUCCUGCAGAUGGAACUUGGGUUGGUUGUGCCGAGCAGCCAAGGGAUGCUGUGAGGUCGCAGCAAAGUUUUAAGUUUACCUUGUGUCAAGGG